AUCACCCCAAAAAACGUUGCUUUUUCUGAGUGCCGAGAAGUAAAAGUGUUUGCUCUUGUUUUCAAAAACCGGAAUUUGAACCGUUAUCGUGUAUGUGUUGAUCUGACCGAACAGAAAUCGGCCUCCUGGGAAUCUUUUGAGAGGAUCGAUCGGAAAUCGGUCAGAAAUCGCGAUACGGGUGCAGCAUGCUAUAGCAGGACAGCCCUACAGACUCAUGGAGGCUGGCCCAUCCUUACUCACACGGAGGGCUGGAGUGGGUGGCCGGGGAGAAGGUGGUGGGGCAGCCAAAGGUGAGGGACAUUCCCAAGUGGAGAUGAACCUCAUCCAGCCAGAGUCUGGGGAAGCUCUUGAGACGCAUGGUGUCACGCCCAUGGUUCUACGUCUGCCCCAGAACCAAAGGAAAGCUGCUCUUUAUGCCUUCCUCAUCGUGCUUCUGAUCUUCACCACAGCAUUCCUGUUGGGUUACGUGGCGUUCCGUGGGUCCUGCAACUACUGCAGUGACACGGACGGGGAGCUGGUGCCGGUGGAUGACGACACAGCCGGGUCAGAGCACUCCUCUGCUGGGAGGAUCAUGUACCUGGGGGAGUUGAAGGACAUGCUGAGGAAGUACCUGGGAGAGGAGAAGAUUGAGAGCACCAUCAGGCGUGUGAGCAGGGCAGCCCACCCACCGGGGUCCUUGGAAGGGAGCGAGCUGGCCAGCGAGAUCCUGCAGAACUUUCGGCAGCUGCGAAUGGACCACACUUGGACAGACUCGCACUACGCCACCUUGCAGUUCCCAUCCAAGACCCAGAAGAACUCAUUGUGGGUAAUAGAUGAGCAGGGCACAGUGCUGGAAGACCUCUCACCAGAAAUUACUCAGGCUUACUGUGCUUAUAGUGGAACAGGAACAGCCAUGGGUAGUGUAGUCUAUGUGAAUUACGGCAGGGAGGAAGAUUUCCGUCUUCUGCUUUCACGUGGGUUGUCACUAGCGGGUGCUUUGGCAGUGGUGAGAGUCGGUGGCGGCGUGAGUUAUGCAGAGAAAGUGUGGCAUGCCCAACAAGCAGGGCUUGGGGGGGUACUCAUCUAUCCUGACCCUGCUGAUGUGCCCCAGGACCCCCGUAGACUGGGACUCAGCUCCAACUCAUCAAUCUCUGAGCAUGUACACUUAGGGUCAGGUGACCCUUUCACCCCAGGAUUCCCCUCCUUUAACCACACUCAGUUCCCGCCCACGCAGUCUUCCGGCCUGCCAAUCAUUCCUGCACAGCCUAUCAGUGCCAACGUCGCCUCUAAACUGCUUAGUGGUGUCGCGGGGCCAGACUGCCCCCGCGGCUGGCAGGGCCGCCUCCCUUACGUCCGCUGUGCGCUGGGCCUCGCAUUCGGCGCUGUCGAAGGCCGCAGAGUAAAGAUGGGCGUUUAUAACACCAUGACACCUGUGCUGCUCAACAACAUCUUCGCCUCCAUUGAAGGAAAAACAGAGUCAGACCAUUACAUAAUCAUGGGAGCGCAGCGUGACUCGUGGGAUCCUGGGGCUGCUAAGUCCGGGGUGGGCACUGCCAUUCUACUGGAGCUCGCCCGCACCUUCAGCUCCAUGGUGGAGAACGGCUUCUAUCCUCGCCGGAGUUUGUUGUUUGUCAGCUGGGAUGCUGCAGACUUUGGCAAUGUUGGCGCCACUGAGUGGUUGGAGGGUUACCUCACAAUGCUACACUUGAAAGCUGUGGCCUACUUCAGUCUGGACAAGGCAGUUCUGGGUGAUGACAAUCUGUCUGUCUACACCAGCCCCCUGCUGGUUGAUCUCAUCGAGGGAGUUAUCAAGCAGGUGGAGCACCCCAAACACUCAGGCCACACCAUCUAUGAGUACACACAGAGCCAAGGAGCCAGCUGGAAGAACCAGAUAGUGAAGCCCUUGUUCCUGAACAGUGGGGGGUACAGUUUCACUGCCUUUGCAGGCGUGCCGGCCAUGGAGGUCCGCUUCAUGGAGGACAGUCGCCCAUAUCCCUUCAUCAACACGCAGUUGGACACCGCCGAGCGGCUGCAGGAGAUGCUGGAGGGCCGCGUGGGGGCGCUGGGCCGCAGGGUGGGGGAGCUGGUGGGACUCAUGGUGCUGCGCCUGGCCCACGACCACAUCCUGCCGCUGGACGUCACCUGCUACAGCGGCGCCGUGCUCAACUUCGGCUCCCAGCUCAACAAGUUCUCCCCAGAGCUGCAGGCCCGAGGCCUCUCCCUGCAGUGGGUGUUCAGUGCUCGUGGGGAUUAUAACCGAGCAGCGGAGACACUGCGAGAGACCAUCCAGAACAGCGACAUUCAUGAUGAGCGGAUGGCCCGCCUGUACAACACGCGCAUCAUGCGGGUGGAGUACUACUUCCUGUCCCAGUAUGUGUCGGCGGUGGAGACCCCAUUUCGGCACGUCCUGCACGGCCGGGGCGAGCACACGGUCAGCGCACUCACUGAGCACCUGUCCUUGCUGCGCUCUGAGCCGCUGCGCUUCGACGAGGCGCACUUCCGGCGCCAGCUGGCCCUGCUCACCUGGACGCUGCAGGGAGCCGCUAAUGCGCUCAGUGGCGACGUGUGGAACAUCGACAACAGCUUCUAGGCCCCGAACCACCGACUGACAGACACACCGACUGACGGACACACCGGCUGACAGACACACCGACUGACGGACACACUGACUGACGGACACACCGACUGACGGACACAGUGACUGACAGACUCAUCAUCUGACAAAUGCACCGACUGACAGACGCACCGACUGACAGACAAACUGACUGACGGACACACUGACUGACGGACACACUGACUGACAGACGCACCAUCUAACAGACACACUUAUUGACAGACGCACCGUCUAACAGACACACUGACUGAUAGACACACCGACUGAUGGACACACUGACUGAUAGACACACUGCUAUACACACUCUGACGUACAUACAUUCACAUCGAUAUCACAUAAACACACACACACACACACACACACAGACUGACCAACACUCACACUAUCUGUUAUAAACACUCUACCACCGGACAGCUAAACUCACUGACAGUCUAAAAAUGCUGGUCUCAAUUUGUAUAGAUUUCCUAGACACUAAGGCCCAUAUACCAUGUAGAUGUACUUCAGAUUUUCUUUGGGACUCAUUGGUCAAUAGGACAUUGUGUUUGCUUAGUAAUUUGUACUGGUUACUCACCCAGUGCUCCGGGCUUACAUGCACUGCAUUCAUCCUCUGAGAUCCAGAGAUGUUACGCUGGCUAACCUCACUAUGAAGAAGAAGUAGAGAAGCGUUUUUGUAUUACAAACAGCUCACAAAGUCUACAGAAGCUACAAGCUGCACAAUGUUUUUCUCUGAUUAGUUAUGACAGGUGUACUGGGAAUGUGACCUCAGGGACUGGUCUUCUCAAUGAUUGGUCAAAUCAGUGACUAAUCACGGAAGUGAAUGAUCAUCUCUUGUUAUUGAUUCAUCACCUGAGGGACGUGUCAUCUUGCGGACUGGGAAACUCUAACCUCAGGAACUUUGAGAAACAUCUAGAAGGAAAGUCUAUCCCUCCAAUCAGAUCUACACUUGCCAUUCCUGGCAAGGUGAAUUCACUGGGAGAUCAUUAAUAUUAAUUCAUUUUCUUAAUUAAUAUUAAUUAGUACAAACCUAUUAAUAUUGCUAACCUAAACUAAUUAAUAUUAAUUAGUCUGAACUAAGUCUUUUGCAAAUGAUCAAAACUCAGUAGAAAGGAAAGAUUCCCUAUCUUAUCUCCACUGAACUUAAAAAAGGACUUAAGAAAGGACUAGUAAUCCAUACUCAGCAUUUCUGACAGUACUUGUAACCUCUUUAAUUCAGAUGUUUAUGAUGAGAUGUUCUGGUGACCAGUUGGUGACACAAACAAUUUGAGUGUCACAAGCGAGGCCCUGGUGUUUGUGUGGCCCCUACUCUGAAUUGGGGUUUUGUAUACAGUGUAUACUGUAUGGUUCUCUGCUUAGAUUGUUUACACUCUAUCCUCUUCGUCUCUUUGUCCGGUAAGGGCAGGCGCUAAUUAAGCAUUAAUUUAUCAGUGACAGUGAUCGCCACUAAUUCUUUUUUUUUAUUGCCAAGAGAUAAUGAGUCUUUAGCAAUGUAAGCAGUAAUUAUCGGAAGCAGUGCCUUCCAUAAUUAUGACAGUCAUACUGUCGCCCAAUCAAAAAGCAGCAUCUGCUAUCAAUGAGCCCAGGUGGUUAUGGGGCAGGAAGUGGUCAUGCGGUGAUGUUAUAUAAACAGGCAGAAGAUCACGGCUCUACACUGACUCCAGACUAUAGGUGGUGCUGGUGAACUCAUGCAUAGGCAUCUGUUCGGUUCAUGUACAGAGUCACGAUUGGAGACGCUUAUGGUGGUAUCAUUGACGUUGGGUGUUUAAGCUGGUCCUUCUGCUCUCCACUGCACUGUACCUCACUUACUGACCUGAGGCCACUGGGUGCCACCUUUUCAGGGUUAUUGGAAACCAGUCACAGCCAUUCGAGUCUGAGUGCAUAUCCGAGUACUUAAUUGAGACAGGCAGUCGUUCCCUUUCUUUACUAAGACAAUGGAGAAAUAUUCAGUGCCAUCUUAAAACAAAAGUUCUUGACAUUUUGGAAGAAAUCAUAUGAAAAUGUAUGCAGGCUGUCAUCUAAUGGUCUGAUGUUACACAGAAAGUGUAUGUAGACAGCAGGACUCUUUUUGUUACAGUAAAAUAACCUAAUUAAAGCAGUUAAAUGUGAACGGUGCCCUCCGCCCUCCUGGCUCAGGUGGGACUGUCUCCUGUAGGGGGGGGCUGUAGACAUUUCUGUGUGACUGCUUCUGCUGUUCUGCCCCCCUUUCAGUGCACUCUGCUGUCAGACAGCUUCCAAUAAACCUCUUCCUGAAUUUA